CCAACAGUGAGCAAAUGCGAGCUCUUCCCGCAAACUCGAAAACAGUUUUCUCCGGCGAUUGAUCGCACGAGCUCCUUCUCCGAAAUGAAGACUACGCUAGGGUUUCCGAGCAUGAGGAGCUUGGAUCAUCUGAAGCCGCCGUCGGGAUCCGGGAAGAGCUUCUCGUUCUCGUCGUCGCGGCCAGCUUCCGAUCAGAUGUCCUUGGGAAACUUCACGAAUCCGAAGCUUGGUGCAGAGAAGUUAGUGAAGGAGCAAUUGUCGGCGAAAAUGGAGCUGGAAACGGCGUACAAUAAGCUUAAGAAGUCGAUCGAGAGUGUCCGUUCGCUGGAGGAAAAGUUGCAGAACGCGUUUAAUGAGAAUCUAAAGCUGAAAGAGGUUGCGAAGCUGUGGGAAGGAUUGGAGUCUAGGUUUGCUUCAACGAAAUCGUUCUGUGAUCAACAACUCUGUGCAAGUUUAGGUCAAUUAUCUGGACAGGUUGAGCGUGCUGAAAAGGACAAGGAGUUUUUUCAGGGCAAACUAUGUGCAAGCUCGAAUGCUAUUGACAAGUUGAACAUACAACUCAAUGAUCUGUCUCUGAAAUUGGCCUCCGCCGAGGGAACUGUUACAAUGCGAGAGAAGGAAUUGGCAGAUCUUAGAACUGAAAAGGAGGAAAUUAGUAAGGUUUUUGUAGAGGAAAAGGGGAGACUUAGUAAGCUGAUUGAGGAUCAAGAUGCCAUACUGAAGCAGUUUGAAGUAUCCCUGGCAGCAAAAAGUUUAGACAUGGAGUGUCUAAACUCUAAAUUGGAAAGCAUGCACCUUGAAUUGAAGCUAAAGGAAGAUGAGAUAAAUAAUUCAUGCAUUGCAGCCCAGAACUUGAGGGAAGAAAAGAGUAACCUCCAUCUGAGCAACGAGAAAUUGGAUAAUGAAUUGGCUACAGCACUUCAGGAGAUCAGGAAGGUCGAGAGUUUUGUUCAUGUGCUGACUGCUCAGUUAGUGGAACUGGACAAGCAAAGUUUGAGUUUCACUGACAGCUAUAGUCGCCUGAGCUCACUCUAUGAUGCUUCCAUUGAGUUGGUACAACGAGAGAGAGCCCUUGUUUCCAAGCAUGCUCAAAAGAAGUAUGAUACACUCCACAACAAAUUCUUGGGAACAACAUCUGAAAAGGAGGCAGUGCAACUGACAAAUAAGGAGCUGAACUCUAAGAUCCUUGAACUCGAGAAAGCACUGGAUUCUCUCAGGGAAAGACUUGCUGAGGAGCAGGGGUCUGCCGUUGAUAAAAUUAACAAGCUGGAAUCUGAGACUGAAGCACUACUCUUAAAGAAGGAUGAGGCUGAGAGGCUGGUUUCACAAUUAGAGGAGAAAAUCGGUGUUUUAACUGAAAUCUCAAGGUCAUCUGAGAAUGAAAUGAAAGAGCUUCUGCUGAAAAUGCCCAAGUUGGAAGAGGAAUACAGAGGCAACACAGAACAGUUACAGGGAGAGCUACAAAAGAAGGUAGAAGAAUAUGAAAGUCUUCAGAAGGAAACUCAGAAACAUGACCAAGAAAUAGAUUCUUUGGCGAAGAAAGUUGGUCAAAUUCAGAAUAUAGUACAAGAGAAGGAAGAACUUCUUUUGCAAGUCAAAGAGAGGGAGAAGAAUUUGGAAGAUCAAAUCAACGAGAAUCAGGCAUCAUUGACAGCAGCUGAAAGCAGAUUGGCAGAAGUAAAGACGCAAUAUGAAAUGAUGCUUGAGAGUAAACAACUGGAGCUGUCAAGACAUCUCAACGAAAUUUCUCAUAGGAAUGAUCAGGCAAUUACGGAAAUCCGGAAGAAGUAUGACGAAGAGAAGCUGGAAAUCAUUAACACAGAAAAGGAAAAGGUGAGCAGACAACUACAGGACAUGGAAAGAAACUGCAACCAGAAACUUUCGGAACAGAAGGAAGAGUCGAAGCAGCAGCUUGUGCGUAUUCAAGAAGAGCAUGCUUCAAAGAUUCUACAGAUCAAGCAGGACAAUGACAAGAAGGAAAUUAGUCUUGAAGCUCAUCACAUUGAGGAGCUGAAGCUUGCUGAAUCUGAAGCUAUGCAUGUAGAAAGAGAGAAAAUAGCGGCACUAAGAAGUGAGCAUGAGGCUCAAAUGAAAACUUUGAGAAGCCAGUAUGAAGAUGUGCGCAGGAAGCUACAGGACGAGUUGGAUCUCCAAAAGGACAAGGAAGACAAGCAGAGGGCUCUGCUGGAGAUGCAGUUGAAAGUGAUGAGUAACAAGCGAGGAGAUGAUCAAAACGUGAACUUUAACAAGGAACACUCCGUUUCAUCAGUCCAGAUGUUAGAUCACCGAAAGAUCCGAAAAAGUCCAAGAUCACUGGCAAGGCCAGAGACUGCUAAGAGAGGAAAUGCAGUGGGUAUCCCCAUGCAUCCCAAGAAGGUCACCCGUCCAGAGUACGAGGUUGAGACUGCCGAUGGCAGAACAAUUGCCAAGCGCAGAAAGACGAAAAUUACAGCUGUGCUCGAGGGCCCUAUGAAACAGAAUAAGAGGAGCACGCCCAAGGCUGUUAUUACUCCAAGAGUUGCACUCAAGCGAAUCAAGGGCGCUACUGCUACCCCGCUGCAUCGUCCUUCGAACAUAGGAGACCUGUUCUCCGAAGGAUCGCUGAAUCCAUAUGCAGACGACGAUCCCUACGCUUUUGUUUAGAUGCCUUCUUUUAUCUGGCCAUUCAUUGACUGCUGUACACCGUGCUGUUUGUCAGAUAAACAGUAGAGCAUGAGAGAGGUUGAACUCUAACUACGAGGGUGGUGGCAUGUCGUUUGCCCUCAGGGCUUCGCGGCUGAUGUACCUGUCUCUCUGCUUUGUCUCGGUGAUGUUGUUGCCGGUGCGAGGAUCGACAUGAUGAUGAACAGCACUUGUCGAUGAUGAUUCUUCGUUGUCCGAAUUGCGAUGGCUGCAGUUGUAGUAGUAGUAGUAGUAGGAAUUGCCAACUUUCGCACAUGGUAUGCUGUUUUGCCUCAGGGCUUCGGAGCUAAUGUACCUGUGAUGAACAGUACUUGUCGAAGAUGAUUUGACGGCGGCGGCGACGGCGGCCGUGGUUGUGGCUAAGGCGAGGAGAAUGGGCAGGAUGAGCAGGCAGUGGUUAUGGAAAGCCAUUAUUGUGGUUGUGUGUUGUACGUCAAUGUGAU